GUAAACAAGAAAUAUGGCGGCGGUACAGUUCUGCGGAGAGUGGUUCAUCUGUAGCUGUGACAAGAGGCUCCUGGCGGUCCACUGCGGCCAGGACAGUGCUCCCUUUCAGUUUGACUGUGGUGCUGCAGAGAAGAGGCCCAAGAAAGCAGAGGCUGACAGUGGAGAGCAUGAGGGGGGCAGUGACCAGAUCCUGGCCAUAGCAGCAUCUGGCUCAGGGACACUGUUGGCCCUGAGUGAUGACAGUAAAAGACUGGUGCUGUUGAGGAGGGACCCCACCUGGACUGUACUCAGUGUAAGGUGGCUGGCUCGCCGCUGCACAGCUCUAGCCUUCACCUGGGCAGAGGACUCCCUGCUGGUGGCCGAUAAGUCUGGAGACGUGUACAGUGUGUCAGUGAAGGAACCUGCUCGGGAGCCCGAGCUGCAGCUGGGACACCUCUCUAUGGUGUUGGAUUUGACAGUAUCUGUGGACGACCGCUUUAUUGUGACAUGUGACCGAGAUGAGAAGAUCCGAGUGAGCUGGUCCAAGUCUCCCUACAACAUCCAGUCCUUCUGCCUGGGCCACCAGCAGUUUGUCAGCACCCUCCUGGCCCCCUCUGGAAGCCCCCAUUCUCUGAUCUCAGGCUCUGGGGAUGGGACAGUGCAUCUGUGGGACAUAGACACUGGUCGCAGCCUCCAGAGCGUGGAACUCAGAGGACUGCUGCAGCCCAGAGAGGAGGCUCCAGACCAGAGGUUGACAGUGAGCAGGCUGCGCGGCUCUCCAGAUGGGUGCCAUGUCGCUGUUCUCUGUGAGCGGGUGAAGCAGAUCCAGUUGCUGUCCCUGGAGCAGACUGAGGGGGGCACUGUGCUCAGACCUUACAAUCUCCUGCCUCUCAAACACUACCCCCUGGAUGUGACCUUUGACCCACAGGGCCGACUCUGGGUGCUGCUAAACUGUGCGGAGCAGCCUGUGGAGGUCUACGCACGUAUGCAUGGGACCUAUGAGCAGGUGGACACAGAAAGUCCAGAAGUGUCCCGGGUGACCACAGCCCUCACACCGCUCUGGGACUCAGUGGACGAGGGUCAGCGCAGCAGCAGUCGUCUGGAGCACCUCUACGUGGAGACCUAUGACAAUGUGAGCGAGUACAUGAAGAAGAAACAACAGCGUCUGGAGCAGCAGAGCCAGAAGAGAAGCCAGGACCAGAGCUGGGAUCAUAAGCGGCCCAAAAAGUCCAAGACAGAGUCCAAGACAGAGACUAAUGGAUCCUGAUGGCAUCCUUUACCUAUACACACAGUUCAUGGCAGAUUUAAUUUUUUAAGUUGUCUUUUUAAGUUUUGAAAUAAAUUAUCAACAAAUCA